UUAAAUAUAAGGGGCUCAGAAGUAAGGUCCAUCUUUCCGCCACAUAACAGUUACAAAUAGAAUGGAUUCACAAACAAAUUCCUGCUACUUGGGAUUUGAUUUUAGCACACAGCAGUUGAAAGUGCUCGCUAUUGACGAGAGACUUGAAGUAAUACAUCAAAACAAUGUCCUGUUUGACAGCGAGCUGCCAGAAUUCAGGACUCAGGGAGGGGUCCAUGUCCAUGGAGACAGGCUGACUGUAACAUCACCAGUUCGAAUGUGGGUCAAGGCUGUUGACCUGAUUCUACAAAAAAUGAAGAAUAAUGGCUUUGAUUUCUCUAAUGUCAAAGCUUUAUCAGGGAGUGGACAGCAACACGGCAGCGUGUAUUGGAAGAAAGGAGCAAGACAGGUCCUCAAUUACCUCGACCCAGAGAAACCUCUGCAUGACAUACUGCAGGACAGCUUUGCUGUUCAGGACAGUCCGGUGUGGAUGGACUCCAGUACCACAGCCCAGUGUCAUAACCUGGAGGCAGCUGUAGGGGGCGCUCAGAAGCUCGCUGACAUCACAGGCUCACGGGCCUAUGAGCGUUUUACUGGAAAUCAGAUCGCCAAGAUUUAUAAGACAAAACCAGAGGAAUACAACCAAACAGAGAGAAUUUCAUUGGUCAGUAGCUUUGCUUCAUCUCUCUUCCUGGGGGACUAUGCUGGCAUUGAUUACAGUGAUGGGUCAGGGAUGAAUUUGAUGGACAUCUUCAGUAAACAGUGGUCAGAGCCUUGUCUUAAAGCUACAGCACCACAGCUGAGAGACAAACUUGGUGACCCGGUGGCAUCUACAGCGGUCCUGGGUCCUGUGUCUUGUUACUAUGCCAAACGCUAUGGGUUUCCGAACGACUGUAAGGUGGUGGCGUUCACUGGAGACAACCCAGGAUCCCUGGCAGGCAUGAAGUUAAAAGAGGGCGAUAUUGCGGUGAGUUUGGGCACUAGUGACACCGUCUUCCUCUGGAUCAAGGAGCCCAAACCAGCAGUAGAAGGCCACAUCCUCUGCAAUCCCGUGGACUGCCAGUCGUACAUGGCUUUGAUAUGCUUCAAGAACGGCUCCUUGACCCGGGAGAGGAUUCGUAAUGAACGUGCUCAAGGCUCGUGGGAGCUUUUCUCCAAUGCCUUAAGGUCAAGUCCCAUGGGGAAUAAUGGCAAUAUAGGAAUCUAUUUCGACGCAAUGGAGAUCACACCCCCAGCGGUUGGUGUUCACAGAUUUGACCAGCAUAACAAAAGGGUAGAGUCCUUUAGCGAAGAGGUGGAAAUCCGAGCCCUGGUUGAAGGACAAUUCCUGGCAAAGAGGGUCCAUGCUGAAAACCUGGGGUAUAAAAUCAUUCCGGGAACAAGAGUGCUGGCAACUGGAGGAGCCUCAGCAAACAAACACAUUCUCCAGGUCCUGGCGGACGUGUUUGGCGCACCCGUGUACACCAUCGAUGUGGCUAACUCUGCGUGUCUAGGCUGUGCCUAUAGAGCUAUGCACGGACUUGUUGCUGAGAACGGAGUGUCCUUCACUGAGACUGUCAGCAGAGCUCUACCUCCACAGCUCGCAGUCACACCAACCCCUGGAGCCCAGAAGGUGUACACAUCGAUGCUGAAAAGAUAUGCAGACCUAGAAGCCAGAGUUCUCAGGGAAUCCAAACAGUAACAGAGCUUGAAGAGAAUUACUCCGUGCUUUUGCGUGUACUCUUUGUUUUGGUAAACAUAUGCAACGACAAAGAGAUAUGGCCACAGGUUUCUGAACACUAUAGAUUUCUAGAUGCUUUAAUGGAUAGUACAGAGGACAUAUACCUUUUCAUAGCCAGAGUCUUUGAUUUAACCAAGAUUCUUGUUCUAUACAGUUAGUCACUGGACAUUAUGGCUUGAUGUUUUUGUGAUUUUAUGUAUAAAUAUAAAUCAGCAUAUAAUUGCUUACUGUGCCUCU